CUCCCAUCCUGAUAAGUAGCGACUGCAAGCUGCUCCCUGGCUUCUCUUGACGGUGUCGCACUCGUCCACUAAUCUCCUCAGAAUGUUUGUUUCUCCAGUUUCGAGUCCGGUAUUUCGUACGCCAUCCCACAGGGCAACAAAAUCCUCUCCAUUAGUCAGCCAAACGUCCUCGCCGUCGAGCCCAACAUUUUCUUCGCCUUUAUCCGCGGCCCAAGCUCGGCGAAAAGGUCAAUAUAAGACCAUGUCCCCGAGUUCUGAGACCCCACCUACUUCUAAACACUUCCCGCGACGCACCGUCAACACUUCGGCUUCUCUUUUCGGAAACUCUGCGAGUACACCCGAGCAAUCGCAAAAGGAAUUUCUGAGACAACGCUUCCAAACGCGCUGUUUUCUGCGUGCGGCCAAGGCGAGAGAGAGUGCUGUGAAGCGGAAGAGACAUGUCGGCAGCGGAGACGUGUUUGAUGAUGCCAUGGAUGACGACAAGGAAGAGACGGAAGAUGAGGUUUUGAAAGACAUGUUCUUCAAAAGGAUCGUAGAGCAUGCCAACCGUCGGACACAACAUGCCUACAAGCUUUCUUAUGCCAAUGAAGUUGGCUCAUCUUUGGAUCCGGACAUGGAGGAUCUGGGCGCUUGGGAGGCUGAAUUACACGAAUCAGAGCUGCAGUCAUCUCCUAGGCGAGAGGAAACCACACCAGAAGAACGCGAGAUUGCGGAGCUGCAGGCCUAUGCAGACGAAUGCGAGCGGCAAGCUGCCUUGGCAGACUUUGAAGACAUACCCGAGGCAUUUUGGGACGACUCGGACCUCGAUGAAGCCGAGCUUGAUACAAUGGACAUUUCUUGAUCUUUUUGGUGGCAGGAUCUUCGUUAUACUGUAUCAUUAUACUCAUUUAUAAAGUACCCCAUCUUUAUCAUGUCCACUAUUGACAAUCUCACAAACCUUGGACGAUACAGUUUGUCUCAUUUCUAGGUAUCGAAUAUUCUUCAUCCUGCCCAACGGUGCGCAUGACUCAACCCUGCAAUCAGUUACUUUUGCUCUGGCUUUCAAGCAUUCAUAUACUCAUACUCGAGCCCGAAGCGACUACACGUCCGUUUUCUUCCUUACAAGCGCAUGUCGUUGUAAUCUCAAUAGUUACACUCCAUAAGUAUACCGACAUAAACUCCAACUAGAUCAAGUAGAUGAGGAACUACCAGGCGGAUGCCGUCGGGGCAGCCGGCAAGUAGAUGCUUACGAUUUAUCUUUUUCUAUCCCUC